AGGAAAAAAAGAGAAAUGUUAAGCAGGAAACAUCCAGCCUGCAUGCUUCCUCUAUAUGUAGUGCUGGCGCAUUAAAAUCAUUUUUCACCCAUUUUCAGACAGAGCAGCGCCUGAACAUGAGAGACAAAGUCCUAUAACUCUCUGAUGUACUGUUGAUUUUGUUCUGAAUAGAGUAACCAACCUUUAUAUGAUGGUGUUGCAUCUGUGAAGACAUCUACACCAACAACAUCAGCCAGCGCUCAGACACUUGCAGAAAGAUAUUCUAAUGUGCAGUACAGAGCCCCUCGGCCUCGUCAGCAAAAGAUGAAUGACGUAUAUGCCGUGGUCAACAAGUCCAAACAGCUCCCGCCACCAGCCUCUUCCACCGCCCCUCUGGCCGCUCUCCAUCACUAUGACAACGAAGAGCUGGGCGUCCCAAAAUGCCAAGUCGGUGCUCUUUACAGCAUGGUCAAGCCCAAGAGCAGGUGUCUUCCAGCCAAACCGCCACCAGCUGUCUCACCCAUAUAUGACACAGCCGGACUAGCCAAUCAAAGGCUAGCUGAGGCCUCGGCAGGGGAGGACCAGAGUGGCUAUGAGCUGGUCGCAGCUGAUCGUUAUUCCUCGACCGAAGAUGACUAUGAGUAUGUCUCAAAUCCCAUCAAACGCAUGACCAACAGCUGCACUCCUGGUAGCAUGGAGUUCAACUGUCGCAUUAAAAAACCCAAAGGGCCUCGGGAUCCCCCGGCAGAGUGGAGUCGUGUGGAGAGAUGACAUAGCAGCCAUAUACCAGGCCUGGACACAUCUUUACUCAUUCAUGUUUGACAAGCAAUGGGAAUAGGCUCUUUAUUUAUUUUGACUUGCUGUGAACAUCUACUGUAUGUGAUCACAGAAAUACAUCUAUCUAUCUAUUUAUCUAUCUUUUGUAACCCAUUUGAGUCCGUAUAUUUUUCAGAUCUUGUGAUUUAUAUUACUGAUGAAAGAAAAAACUAUAUUAAACCACUUUCAAUUCUGAGACAAGUAUUGGUUUUGAAUACCAUUUACCGAUUGAAGUGCAGUGGUGCUAUAGUGUGAUUGUAGUAACCAACAGGUGGCACUAUAGUAACAGGAGAUAAUUCGUUUUUUUUCAUUAUUGACGUUUCAGGUAUUGUCAAAUGUGUUUUCACAGGUAGACUCAUGCUUUAUUGCUUUGAUGUCUACUAAUUGCUGGUAACAAGGACUUACAAUAAAGACAACAAUUUCUUCAAGGUU